ACUAACCCAGUGUUCUUAGAAGACAUCUGGGGGACUGGGCAGGUCAUUGGGCUCUGUGCAUGCGGGACGGGGGCAUGAGGUGGUCCAUGGGGUGUUUAUAACCCUCCCAUCCACAACCAUAUGGACCCUCCAGAGCAGAGACAGCACCAUGAUCCCACACACAAGGAGAGGGAAAGGGAAGGGAUCGGGGGAUGGGGGCAUCUGUGCCUCCUGAUCCAGCUCCACAUAACACCAGGCAUCCCUUCCUGACAGCGGGAGGGUCUCAGAGCCAGGACACCUGGGUUCUCUUCUGGAUCUGGGAGGGGAGUAGGGUCUAGUGGUUAGAUUGGGGAGGGGUCUGGGAGCCAGCACAUCUGGGUUUGAUACCAGGCUCUGCUGUGUCAUUUCCCCUCUGGUGCUGCACAGUCAUAGCUCCCAGCUAUAUGGUGUCACAGAGGUUGCCACAUUCCCUUCGCGUGGUCACAGACUCGCCGGGGGGCUUCUCAGAAACCCUUGCGCCUCGGUUGCUGUGAUCGGGGCCCAUGGUUGGUCUGCCCAGCCUCAUCCUGUUCAUAGUUGGGCCACUGUGAGAAAGAUCAAAGGACCACGUUUCCACCCACCACCCAGAUGAGUCACUGUCACACACAGCCCCUAGCACAGAGACAUGGGCAGGAAGCUGAGCAAGGAUGGGGCCAGAUGAGUAAGAGCCCCAUAUGUGCCCAGCUGUGAGCCCUCACCAGCAACAGCCCUGCUGCACACAUCCCCCCACCAGGGUCUUCUCUGUCCAUCAUCCAUCCAGCUGUGUAGGGACCCAGCUGCUAGGCUGACGCAUGGCCUGUCCUUCCCCUCAGCCUAUGUGGUCGGCUGUGGUUGAACAGAGUCUGAACCUGCCGCUCAGAUGAGCACGUAUAUGUGACCUGCAGGUUUCCUGCUGGGUCUAUAAAUCACCAAGGGCUGAGGCAGAUGCAUUGUCCCCUUCCCCGGAUGGCUCUGAUAAUGCAGCUUCUGUUCCUGCUCCCCACGGCUUUUUUUCUGCCCCCCGGGGCUCUGGCUGGAUGGAUCACUGGUGGAAGGGAAGCCCGGGCCCACUGCAAACCCUACAUGGCCUUCCUCAACAUCAGCAUGAAGGAUGAGCACAAAAGGUGUGGAGGAUUUCUGAUUCAAAAGGACUUUGUGCUGACAGCUGCGCACUGUGACCUCGGAAAAAUCGUGGUGUAUCUGGGAGCUCACGAUGUGACCAAGUGGGAGCGGAGCCAGCAACGCUUGGCUGUCCGACGGAAAAUUCCCCAUCCGAAAUACAACAAAAAGACACAGGAGAAUGACCUCAUGUUACUCCAGCUGAAGAGUAAAGCGAAGCUGACGAAGGCCGUGCAGCUCAUCCCCCUGCCCGAGGACGGUGAAGAGGUGAUGCCAAGUGACAUCUGCAACGUAGCAGGCUGGGGAAAUACCCGGGCCAGGGGGUUUUCCCUGCCAAGCACGCUACAGGAGGUCAACUUGAAGGUGAUGGAGGCAGACAGGUGCACGCGCUACUCCCAUUUCAACCCCAACUCCAUGCUCUGCGUGGGCGACCCAAAGGAAUUGAAUAAAUCAUCCUUUAAGGGUGACUCUGGGGGCCCCCUGGUCUGUGACGGGACGGCCCAGGGCAUCGUCUCUUUCGGCAAAGAUGACGGGUCCCCCCCCAGGGUGUUCACCAGGGUCUCGGCGUACAUCCUCUGGAUCAAGAAAACAAUGAGAAAGCUGCAGGAUUAACCUUAGGCAAGCACCUUCUUUGCUCUCUGCCUCAGUUUCCCAGCUAUAAAAACAGCAUUCCUCACUUAGCUGUAUGGAUUUAUCUCCUUGGAGCUGUGUCUAGAGCCCAGCCACUAUGGUGAUGAGCGCAUGGUAAAGCCAAUCAAUAAACAGUGUCUUCUUGGUGUUUCCUGAUGCACAUUAUUUUAAAACCGUAAACAGGCCCCGUCAAACGUUGUAGGUUUUAGUUUUAGAAACAAAUUGCGAGGUCCCAGGAUAUUAGAGAGACAAGGUGGAUGAGACAGGCUGGUCCAAUAAAAGAUACCACCUCACCCGCCUUGUCUCUCUGUGAUUCUGUAAAGUAUUUUCUGGAAAGUCUGCUGAUCUGUGUUUGAAAGUAUCAACACAUGGAGGUUUGUUCUGGUGGUUAAAGAUUUUUUCAUUUAAUUUUUUUGGUGAUUGCCUCAAACGUUUUCAAAACUCUUCCCUCCCUCUCCCCCACCCCCUUGGAAGUCUACUCUUUGGUCAAAAAGGUGGAUGGGAAAUUUCUGAUCCGUUCUACAAACUGCUUGACUUGACCGAAAAUCAAGGGGAAAAAAUGUAAUGGAAGUUUUGUUCCUUUCUUUUUGGGGCAAGGGGAAAGUUACAAUUUAAACUCCAACAAAGAAUUUCAUCCAGAUCUGUAAAACUCCCACUGAAUCUUCUUUGAUGACAUUUUCUCAAUACUCCUGUCAGGGUUCCUUCCCGACUCUGAACUCUAGGGUACAGAUGUUGGGACGCGCAUGAAAGACCCCCUAAGCUGAUUCUUACCAGCUUAGGUUCAAAACUUCCCCAAGGUACAACCUUUGCCUUGUCCUUGAACAGUAUGCUGCCACCACCAAGUGUUUUAAACAAAGAACAGGGAAAGAGCCCACUUGGAGAUGUUUUCCCCAAAAAUAUCCCCCCAAACCCUACACACCCCCUUUCCAGGGGAGGCUUGAAAAUAAUAUUCUAACCAAUUGGUUACAAAAUCAUCAAAGACCCAAAUCCCUGGAUCUUGGAACAAUGGAAAAAUCAGUCAGGUUCUUUAAAAAAGGGUUUUAUAAAAAAAGAAAGAAAGGUAAAAAUCAUCUCUGUAAAAUCAGGACGGAAAAUACUUUACAGGGUAUUCAGAUUCAAAACACAGAGGACCCCCCUCUGGGCAAAACCUUAAAGUUACAGAAAACAGAAAUAAACCUCUCUUUUAACACAGGGAAAAUUCACAUAAAACAAAAGAUAAACUGAUCUGCCUUGACUGUCUUACCUGUACUGGUUGCAAUAUUGGAGACUUGGAUUAGGAUGGGUUGGAGAAGAUGGAUUUAAUAAUGCUCUAUAAAAUCAUGACUGGUGUGGAGAAAGUAAAUAAGGAGUAAAUAAAUAAAUUUACUCCUUCUCAUAACACAAGAACUAGGCGUCACCAAAUGAAAUUAGUAGGCAGCAUGUUUAAAACAAGGAAGUAUUUCUUCACACAACGCACAGUCAACCUGUGGAACUCUUUGCCAGAGGAUGUUGUGAAGUCCAAGACUAUAAUAGCGUUCAAAAAAGAACUAGAUAAAUUCAUGGAGGAUAGGUCCAUCAAUGGCUAUUAGCCAGGAUGGGCAGGGAUGGUGGCCCUAACCUCUGUUUGCAAGAAGCUGGGAAUGGGUGACGGGAUGGAUCACUUGAUGAUUACCUGUUCUGUUCAUUCCUUCUGGGCUACCUGGCAUUGGCCACUGUUAAAAGACAAGAUACUGGGCUAGAUGGACUUUUGGUCUGACCCAGUAUGGCCGUUCUUAUGUUCUUAAUGAAUUAUAUAAGGUUUAUGUACUAGGAAAAAGGAAUAACAGAGUUAUUUCCACGUUAAAGCAGCCAAACAUAUACACCCCAAUGAGUUACCAUCUAAAUCUGAAGAGUGCCAGAGCUGUAGUGGUCUGCAGUUCAAACUGUCUCUCAAGGCAACCCCUGGGGAGCUCUGGUGCCAGUUUGGUGGCUCUAGCCCACUCAGACGUCAAACAGCCCAAAAGACAGAAAAUUGCCUUGUGGCUUCCUUUUAUUUACGUCAUUCAGCCUCCAAGCCCACAACACUUCCUUGCACGUCACAUUUCCCAGUGGCCAGAGGGCUAUUAACUAAUUUUUUAUAUUGUAAUGGUCUGGGAUGGGCCAUCUGAUUUUGAUAGUCUGUCUGUCUGGAUGCUGGGGGGGGGGCAGAGGAUUCCCAUGCCAGGGUUCCCAAGUUCAGAGCAAACACUUUCAAUGUUAUAAAGCAAAACAUUCAUGUUUCCUUAUAGCCUGGAACACAGACAUUGCACGUGAGAUUGAUGCAGGCAGCAAGGUACAAGCAUUUCAUAGACUGUAAACACUGAAUAUGUUCUUGUAAGACUCAUCCCUCUUUUGAGUGAAAUUAACACACAGGUGAACCAACCAACCGUCUCCAGCUAUGAGUUUGUUAGUUCUUAGUUAAUGCCAGCUGCCUGGGCCUGCCAGCAUCACACCAUAUAGUCCAUCACCAGCUAACCAGGGAGGGCUGCCAGCUAUCUCCUGUGUGAACGAGCUAUCCCCCAACCAUGAGAUUCCCUGGAUGGUCACUCCAAGCCCAUGAGCCGUAGGUGUCAGGAUAGAAACACUAUCCCUGAAUUAGUACCUGUACACACGACAACGAGCAUGAAGCUUGACAAGUUACCAGCUUUCAGUGUCCUCACAUACUACCCUUCAGGGCU